AUGGGUCCAACACUAUUAGUUGCUGUAUUCAGCGGUGGAAUAGACCACAUUACGGGAAUUAAUGACUUUUUAAACUGCGUACAGAUGGUACAGCUCCCUUUUGCCAUCUUUCCAGUAUUGACAUUUGUAUCAGACGAACGGGUUAUGUUCAACUUUAGAACAACAAGGGUACAGAAAGCAUUCGCAGUUACGGUCUCUAUGGUAGUACUACUAAUCAACUUUUACUUCCUUUUUGCGUGGGUGAACACAAAUUUGGGUCUCACUCCCGCGACAAUCUCAGUCACAACACUGUUGGCUCUGAUAUAUGUCAUCUGCAUAGCUUAUCUGGUCUACUAUUGCCUGGUGGCUAUGAGCAUCAUUAAACGAUUUGAAUCCGUAAGUUCCUCCUAG